UCUUAGAGCCGACUCGUUCGCGAACGACCCAUCACUAUUGGCUAGAAAUUCUCAAAGGGCAAGGAACGCAACGCAACAUACAUUUGUGAAGGAGCUUUCCAUCGACAUAUACUAUAAUAGGGAUAUAGCUGAAGAAAACGGCUGUAGUUUAAUUAGCAAGAUGUAUAGACCUAAUUUGAUGUUUUUUGUUUUAUAUUUUUCUCUGGAAUGUAUUUGCCGGAGUCAAAGCGACAUCUACUCCCUGAAUUACAUCUACACUGCCCUGUCAAAGCCAGUAGACUUGCCUGGUAUCCAUGAGUUCAAUGCCAUGGGUCUGAUGAACAACAAACAGAUUGACUACUAUGACAGUGUGUCGAAGAAGAAGAUUCCCAAACAGAACUGGAUGAGGGAGAAGCUGCCAGCAGACUACUGGGAAAAAGGCACUCAGUCACGCAAGAGCAAGGAGCAGUGGUUCAAAGUCAACGUCAACAUCCUGAUGGAUCGCAUGAGGCACAACAACACUAAUCUGCAUAUUCUUCAGUGGAAACAUGGCUGUGAGAUUGACCAACAGCGUGACGGCACAGUGAAAUUCAUAAAGGGCAUCGACCAAUACAGCUACGAUGGUGACGACUUCCUGGCCUUUGAUGAUGUCACUAUGCAGUGGGUGGCCCCAGUUGAUCAAGCUCUGCCGACUAAGAGGAAGUGGGACGGGGUGCAGAUCCUCAACCAGUACACCAAGGGCUACCUGGAGAAGGAGUGUGUGGACUGGCUGUCCAAAUUCAUGGAAUAUGGGGACAAAGAAUUCAGUAGGGCUGAUUCUGCUCCAAAGGUCUAUGCAUUUGCUAAAAAAGCCAAAACUGCAGGACAUGUCCGACUGACCUGCAUGGCCACAGGUUUCUAUCCCAAAGAUGUAGAAAUGAAUAUUAAGAAGAAUGGUGUUCCAUUGACCAAACAUGAUGGAGUGCAGUCUGCAGGAGUUCUACCCAAUGAUGAUGAGACCUACCAGAUCAGGAUGAGUGUGCAGAUCCCAGAGGCAGACAAGGAAACGUAUGAAUGUUAUGUCCACCAUAGAACAUUGGAGGAGCCAAUUGUGAUAAAAUGGGAUGGAAAAUGUUGUGAUUGCAGUAGUUUCAAUGCUGUAGUCAUUGGGGCUGUAGUCAUCACCUUUAUUGUAGUUCUGAUCUUGGUGGUCCUCUUUGUUCUGCACAGAAGAGGGACAAUUGUGAUUCAUGGCUUGAGAACUAGAGCCAAAGAUGAUGAAAGCAGAACCUCAUCAGACUCUGGUAAAGGCAGUCAGAACGCAGGGUCCUCAGACAGUGGCAGUGGGGAGGACGUUAAGAAGUCAAUGCUGCCUAAGGGAAGUGUCUAGAUGACCGUUGGUGGCCAAACUUCCUGACCGGACCAUGAAGGACAGUCAAUUCAUUUCAUCAUUUUAUAGUAUGGCUAGAGCUGUUUCGGUGUGGCCACGAGUCAUGACGGCAGUCAAAUUCCACAUGACCAUUUAGUCACGUUAAUUAGACUUCUCCAAGGUCUGAUGCUGCUGAUGGUCAUUAGUAUCCUACCAAACUGGCUAACUCUAUUGUCCCUUUAAUCACUCUGAGAUCAAUGCAAAUGUAUUCAAAAAUCGAAUCAAACAUUUCACGAGAGCCCUAGAGGUCAUGAUGCUCAAACAUUUCUAUAGGCUAUGCAAUUGCGUGAGGAAACAGAAUGAUGGUCAUUAUUAAAAAUAGGAUUCCAUCAGCUUUCUAUAUGCUAGGUCUACUAUAUUUUAUUUCUCAACUAUCCUAGUAUUAAGCACAUUGCUUCACUUUAAAACAGGAGUAUGGCCUACUGACGCAUUUGUUUCAGCUGUCCCUGUUUCUAUACAAGUGCAUGAUAAUGGUCCAUUCUAAAUCAAAACAAAUUUCACACAUAUAUUAUUUAAUAUAUGUAAAGACAACAUUAAAUCAAGAAUAGUCUGAUGGGUGACAAUAUUAGCCUUGAAUGAUGACUAUCACUUGAAUGAUAUACAGUGGCUUGCGAAAGUAUUCACUA